AUGGCUGAAAGAGGAGGCCUCACAUCUGUCUGGCAGGGUCCCACUGCCCAUAGUGGGGUUGCCCCAGAUGCAGCCAAGGACAGAGAGGAGUGUUCAGAGCAACUGGUUGGACUAGCAACUUGUCUGCCAUAUGUUAGUGGGAAUGCACAAGCUCCUACACCAGACUGUUGCACUGGCCUAAAACAAGUCCUCAAGACCAAAAAGAAGUGUCUGUGCGUGGUGAUUGAAGAUAGAAAUGAUCCAGAUCUAGGCCUCAGUAUCAAUGUCACUCUUGCUUUAGGCCUACCCUCAGUUUGCAAUGCUCCUGCCAAUGUUUCUCAGUGCCCUGCUCUCCUCAACUUGCCUCCAAAUUCAACAGAUGCUCAGGUUUUCUAUCAAUUUGGUCAUGGCUCCAAUGACACCGCCAGUAGCCCUGUUCCUAGUGCUAAAAAAGACAAUCCCACAAGUGCCAAAAGCAGUGGAACAAGUAGUCCAGAGGGUAGUGGGUGUCAAAGAGGCAAGGAAUGGUUAGGAUUGGAAGUCAUUGUUGGUGGAGUGUUACUCAUGUGGUGCUACACUUUUGUUUAG